AGAAGAUGGCGGCGUCCAGCCUGCACCGUGCUGUCCUCCGGAUUGGGAGCGGGUUCAGGUCUCCAGGAUCCUGCAGGAUCUCAGCUGGAGGCGGAUCUCACCUGAGCAGACAUCACAGCGGCUCUGUGACAUCACAGCCGGAGGCAGGAAGACGCUCGGCCUGCUGGGUAAAUAUCAGCACACAUGAGUCCAUUGGGAGAAACCUCCAGAUCACACAGGGAGGAAGAGGAGGAGGAGGAGGAGGAGGAGGAGGAGGAGGAGGAGGAGGAGGAGGAAGAGGAGGAACAGCAGGAACAGCAGGAGGAAGAGGAGGAGUACUGUGUGCAGCCCUCGCGUUCUCUCUGUUCAGGACGGAGGAAGACUACCGAGAUGAAGCUCAGAAGAAAGAAGACGACCUGAUUCUGCUGCUGAAGAGAGCAAAGCUCAGUGUGUAUCGUGGUCAGCUGGACGCUGCCUCUGGGUUCCUGCAUCAGGCCGUCGUUCUGGCUCAUCAGACCAACAACAACCAAGCGAUCAUCUACACAUACAGCCAGAUGGCGAACCUAGCGUACGUACAGGGGCAGCUGGAUAGCGCGGAGAAACUCUUCAAAGCAGCGAUGAGCUUCAUGCUGUCAGGAGGAACGCCACAGGAUGAUAAUGCCAUUAUUGAAAUGUCUCUGAAACUCGCCACCAUCUACGCUGAACAGAACAAGGUGGAGCUGGCGGAGCAUGGGUUCAGGUUCUGUACAGAGUCUCUUGAAGCCAAACUGGAGCAGCAGAAGCAGCUUCCAGCAGAGCAGCAGACAGAGGAACAGGAAGCUCUGAGGAAGAACACGCGUCUGCUGCUCGGACUUUGUUUUGACUCGCGGGCUCGAUACCGAGCAGCAACGCUGCACCUGACACAAGCUGGACAAGACUAUCAGAAGGCUCUGAACAUCUGCCGCCAGGAGCAGGGAGACACACACCCACAGACUCUGGUGCUGAUGAGCGACAUGGCCACCAUCUUGGAUCUGCAGGGUCGCCAUGACGACGCCCUGGUGCUGGUGCAGCAGGCGGUGGAUCUGAGCCGCACCGCCGGACACCCGGACCAACACGUGUUGCUAGGCAACAUGGCAGGCAUCCUGCUGCACACAGGUCGGAUGGACGAUGCGGUCCAGUUCUAUCAGGAAGCUCUGAGUCUGGCUCGGCAGGCUGGAGACCAGGAAGCUGUGGAGAACAUCCACCAGGGCCUAAAGGAGGUGAAGAAGAGGAGGAAGGAGAAAGAGAAGGAGGAGGAGAAGGAGAAGGGGAAGGAGGAGAAGGAGGAGAAGGAGGAGAGGUGAAGAAGAUUAUCUUGAUUCCUGCUGGUUCCUCCUGGUUCCUCCUGGUUCCUGCUGGUUCCUCCUGGUUCCUCAUGAUUCCUGCUGGUUCCUCCUGGUUCCUCCUGGUUCCUGCUGGUUCUUCCUGGUUCCUCCUGGUUUCUCCUGGUUCCUUCUGGUUCCUCCUGGUUCCUCCUGGUUCCUGCUUGUUCCUCCUGGUUCCUGCUGGUUCCUGUUGGUUCCUCAUGGUUCCUGCUGGUUCCUCCUGGUUCCUCAGUUAAUGUUCUGUAAUAACAGUUGUGUAUUUAAUGAGCUCAUAAAGUUCAGAUUUGUGUUGUAAAUUUUCAUUCCGUCUGUGA